CUCUCCAAUCCUCUUAAACCUAAACGACUACCUACCGUCGUCCCGGUCACCUAUUCUGCCAGCCAACGAUCAUUUUCUAGUAACUGCAAUUUUCCUUCUUCCGCAACGCGGACUCACGUCGGCGAUCUCCUCCUCCUCUACCAGCUCUUUUUAGUCAAGCUACUGUCGUGAGAGGUUUAUUGAUCGCACCCCGCAUCAACUUUUCGAGAAUUUGAUAAAAAUCGCUUGCGAUUGGGUCACCUUUUACCAAAAUAAGGAAAACACAAAAGUUAUUCCUUGCCGGUCAUCCCAUCUUAACACAUCUCAAUCACGACUUCUCCCUGCUUACACGACAACACGAAUUUCUAUCAUUGGUCUGACAACUUUUCUCGUAUUCCCGACGCGACCAUCUAGAUACCAUACCAAUUCGUUCACUCGAAUUUCGACUCGAGUUCCGUUUAUACCUGGAAGCUCGACCGAGUUGUUUUAAUACUUGCGGAGGGCCGCUUUUGGCUGGUGAGGCGCUUUCAGGGCUGGUUGAGCACCUGGCGUGUUGGUGGACGUGGGAAACCCAUCCCCUCGUCCAUUAGUGGUACGCAACAGAUCGCCGAAUUUGGUUGCUCUGUUGCCUACACCAGAUCAACUGCAGAAUCUACUUACCGACGUCGCAAAGUCGCGCUCAGACAAAAUGUCGACGUUUUCAUAUGCCCAGGCCGCUAAAGGCCAUUCCACGACUCAGUCCAUCGGAUCUCAACCAAAUUCUGCACCGAGCCAAGCACCGUCAACGACGAGCACUCAGAGCCGAGAUGUUGCUGCUACGCCUAGCACGCGGGCCCCAUCCGUCGCCAUUUCGACGACGUCAAACGACGGCUCACAAAACACUAGCAGCUCUUCCGUUAAGCCGGAAUCGUAUAGCCUGAAUAGCAAUGAUUCGGAUUGUGUUUCUACCAGCGACAAGGUGGCUGAACCAUCCAGUCUACCGAACCAGAUUACCGAGAAGGUACUUGGUGAUGUCGUCCCUCAAAGCGCCGAGAGACGUGGACGGGGUCAAACCCUAAAUUCUCAGACCGCGGAUGCUGGUGAAAGCAAGAAGCCUAGAAAAGGCAAGAAGGGCAAGACAGCCGAGAAGGAGUCCGAGCAGGAUCAGGACCAAGACAAGAAAGAGAAUGUGCCUCUGAAGGUUGAAUUGGCCGAGGCACCAAUGCCAGCAGUUAACAUAUGGACUCAACGGCAAGAAGAGCGGGCUGCGAAGUAUAAGGCGGCGCCUCCGGCGACUACGCAAUCGCAUGGCUCGAACACUACAGCUAGUAGUCAAACGAAUGGGGUACCCAACCUAGCUUCUCAGGACCACAAACCGAAAGCCCCCCAUAGCGACGGGGCCGAUGCAACCUUAGUACAGAACAGGCCGUUAUCAGGGAGUGGCAGACCUUCGAAGAAAGAUUUCGAGCAGUCGCGUAGCAACAGCAACCAAGGCUCUCGUAGAGCGGCCCCGAGAGGCGCUAGGGCAAACAAUGGCGAGGACAGAUCAUCGUCUGAGGCUUUAGGGCCUAUUGCAAAUAACACUUCAUCAUGGCCGACGCCUGAAACGGCGGCAACUGACCUGAAGACCCAGACUAGUACUGGCAAGCCCGAGAAGGAGCAGAAGGAGGAAUCUGGUCCGACCAAGCCUCGACAGAAGAAAGAGUGGACUCCGAUGGAUUUUGUGCCAACCGUGAGCUUUGAGACACCCAUCCCGACUAGAGGCCCCCGAGGUGGCCGUGCCGGCGGUUCUAGAGGCGGGCGAGACGCUGCAGCAAGAGGCAGCCAUAGCAAUAAUGCCUCGACCGAUCGUACACAAGAGAACGGUACGGCUUCCGGAGCUGCCACAGUUGCAUUGCCGGCAUCUAAGCGCGGAUCUGUCGACAUAUCCGCAUCACGGAAACCACAAACUCAAGGGGCUGGGAAAAUGGGAGAGAUACCUUCGGCAAACACUAAGGCCGAUGUGUCGAAACAGAAUCUGGCAGAUUCUGCUAAUGGAAUUUCGACACAGCACGCUACUGCCCGGUCCACGGGCUUCAACCAGCGAAUUGAUGAGACGAAAUCAUCCCAGCCAGCGAGAGACAACGGUUUCCAUAGCACCAAAGACUCCAGCUUCCAGGGCCAGGGCAACGUAAACCGCAACGAGCGCCCUAGGGGAGGUGCACGGGGUCGUGGAGGCCACUCAGUCGCGAACGGCGUUGGCCAUGCGUCGUCCCAGUUCAGCCAGGGAUCUCCUGCAUACAACUAUCAGGCAAAUGUCAAUGCGAAUCCCAGACAGACAUCCCAUCCUUUCGUUGCGGGCUACGCGCCAAUGCAGUAUGGCAACCCAUUCCCAGUUCAGUCGGCCGGAAGCCAACACCGCAGCCGACCAAGCUCGGGAAACAAUCGCUCACAGGCCAGCGCAAGACACCAACCACGAGCAGCAUAUCCAGUAGCUGGCAUGCCGUACGAUCCCGCUGCGUAUUCCCACGGCAACGGCCAAUACAACCCGUACGGUGAUCCUAAUCACUUAUUGAGCGGGGUAUUAGCACAAGUGGAAUAUUAUUUCUCCAUCGACAAUCUUUGCAAAGAUUGGUAUCUUCGGAAAUUCAUGGAUUCGCAGGGCUUCGUUCCGCUCACCGUCAUUGCCGGGUUCAAGCGGAUGCAAGAAAUAGCAGCGGAUUGGCAGCUGAUCCGUGUAGCUUGCGACAGCUCCCCUCAUAUUGAAUAUAUCAUCACGGAUGAUGGACAAGACAAGGUGCGACGUCGGGAGCAGUGGCAACCCUGGGUCCUAGCGAUGCAUGAGAGACAUCCUACGGCCCAGAACAAUGGACCUAUGAGCUAUCGCCCGUUCGAAUCCCAGAUGGCAUUUUGGCCUCAGAUGUUUGCAUACGGAAUGGCUCCCAUGUUUUCGCCAACAGGAACGGAGAACCAUUUCCCACAUUACGUCAAUGGAAAUGGCGUGGCCUCUCCAACGAGCAAUGGAGCUAACGGCCAGUUCCGCCCCGCGGAUUCCCAACUCUCCGCGACGGUCCCGGAGUUUUCCCCUACUGGCAACCCUGGAAUAGAGGUUGCAAGUCAACAUGCCAUGGGCACGUCGGAUACUCCAACCAAUGAUUUCAAGGUGGAUGGUCUUGAUAAGAAGGGUUCUCUCUCGAACGACUCACAGUCUCCCAAUAGCGUGGAGCAGAUUGGCCAAACUGAUAAAUUAUCUACGAAUGGAGUCAAUGGUGACCACGGGGUGGUCCAGGGAUACUAAUCCCAUUCUUGCGAUUACAUGAAUGGUUCGCCAAGUCUGAAGAGCCAUUUCAUAUUCACGGGUUGGUUUUGGCCCAUUGAUGGAUAGGUUGAAACAACAACUCAAAUUGCAGCUUUACACGACUCUUACAAGUCUCGCGCAACGCGAUGAAUUGAAAGGGCAAGGAAUGAGGGAGUCGUUGUCCUGGACUACUAAGCUUUCAUUACCCCUUCUAAACUCCAAUUCCGAUUCAAAACUCAAAGUGGUGAUACUCAACAGCCUACGGUUUUAAGAAAUUUCUUGGUGUGGUCGCUGGACAAAUACCCAUUCACCCCUCGAGGCCACUCAUUAUCAAAAUGAAUCUCCUGGAUACGACAGUAAAAUAUGUUAACCAUGACGCAGAACAAAGCAGUGAGGGCCGGCUAA